CUUGUGUAAAUUGUCAGCUUUACACUAAGCUAAAAUGCUAUUUCUAGCUAUUUUACAUGCACAUGUUACCAGGCACGAUCAUAUUUUUUUUAUCAAGAAAAUUCAUGUUGGAUCAUAAUUUCUUUUUUAGUAGUAAGACCUUUGAUAUUAGGGCAAACAUCGUAUAUUUGAUAAUAAUUUUUGUAUUGUUUUCCUGUAAAAAUAUCUAAAAAUCCUUCAAACAAGAUCAGUUUGAUUAAUCUUCUUUUAGAAACAACAUUGCAUAAGAUAUUUAGGUUUUUCAGAGAAUGUAUUUUUAACAUGUAUAUUUUGUCUUACUGUACUGGCAGAGUUUUUACAGUCAAAACAAGUGAAAAAAACUACCAGUGCUGAAGAAGUAAUCCAGAUUAUUUAGAAUACGUUACUGACCUUGAGUAAUCAAACGGAAUACGUUACAAAUGACAUUUUACAGCAUGUGUUCUGUAAUCUGUAGUGGAAUACAUUUCAAAAGUAACCCUCCCAACCCUGUGUACAGAAACUGUUUUGCUAAAACCCGUGUAUUAUUUGAGCUGUAAAAUUGUUUAAAUUGAAAUGUUUAUGUUUGUUUUAGGGUUUAAGGCAUUACGUUGUCAUGGCAACUAAAUUGUAAAAACAAAUCAUGUAAGCAUCAUGUCUUGUAGCUAUAUGUGACAAGGAGGAGGGCGUGGCUGGGCCGUGAUGGUGCACAGCCGGCGCUGAAUCAGCUGAUCAGUGGGAGAGCGAGAUAAAGGGGAGCCGGAGGCACCAGUUUGAGAGAGAGAGACAUGCGGCCGCGUGCGUGUGUGUGGGCAGGUUUAAGUGGUUUAUGAGGACUUUUUUUAGGUUACAAACUGGUAAUUACAAGGGUAUUAUGCUAUAAAUGUGGUUUAUGAGGAUAUUUCUAGUGUCCCCAUAAUUCAAAUUGCUUAAACAUACUAAACUAUGUUUGUUUUUUGAAAAUGCAGAAAGUUUUUUGUGAGGGUUAGGUUUAGGGGUAGGAUUAGGGUUAGGGGAUAGAAUCUAUAGUUCAUACAGUAUAAAAAUCAUUAUGUCUAUGGAGAGUCCUCAAAUGAUAGCUGCACCAACGUGUGUGUGUGUGUGUGUGUGUGUGUGUGUGUUUGUGUGUGUUUUUAAGCUCAUUUAUAUCAUCAAACCUUAUGUUUACUGUUGAAUCGGUUCCUGCCUCCUCCUUGCCCGUCCUUUUAACUAUUACACUGUACUUCAAAACAGUGAGUAUUUGAAUGUUUACGGAUUGGCCCCAUUCACAUAUAUGUAUGUGCCUCACUGUAAUUUCAUAUUGGACAGACUGUAUGUGUUCUUAAGUUUCUUAAAAAAAAAAAACAUGUUCUUUCUUUAAGUCUUUAAAGCAAGUCUUAUACGUUUAUUUUUUAAGUGUACACGUAAGUGUGAGCAUGUAAUCUGUCGAUAGUUCUUGAUAAGACUACUGGUAACUGAUAUGAACACCAAGGAUAAAAUAUGUUUUUCUGGAAAAAAUAGUAUAAUACAUACUAUAACACUUUUGUGAAACAAUGUAAUGUCCUUCUCAAAUAUAAUACAAUAUAAAAUAUUCUUGUUGCUGUUGUGCACGCUUGUGCUUAUAAUUUUUCCAUGCAAUCAGUAGCUGUUUAUAACUUUAAUUUCUACUGUGUGGACCUUGUCUUAUCUAAGACCAGAUUGUUAUAUCUGCAGAUAAAGCAAGUCAUUUGGAAUUUUAUUUGUUUAUACACUUUGAAAAGGCACACAACAUCUCGCAAAGAAAAGAAAACGAUCAAAUUUAGAAUAAGGACAGGUUACUCGCUGUAGCACUGACAAACUCGGCCCAAUUGAAUGUUUUGCUGAAUGUGGUUUGACAGCUUAAUUUAUUGGUAAAGAAAAUAACAUAGUAAACAUCCCAAAACCAUUUCAUUGCAAGCAUUCAUUUUAAUCAUACAUUUAUUUAAAAACUAGCCUUAAAUGCAUAUUGACAUUUUUAUAGGAGGGUUAUUGUUAGAACCCAUGUUGUGUUUGCUGUCCACAAAAUGGCACAGUUUUAAUCUCCUAGUGCUGCACCACAUAAAUAGCACACAGGAAUUAUAGUAAAGGCUCUUGUGUAGUAUUUUAAUCUCAUGAAAGGCCUUUUGGUCACAUUUUCAAUGGCAGCUUACAUUUAACUCUGGUUAAAUUCCUUUUGUAGACCCAAAAGUAUGUGACUAUAAUCUUAACUUGAAUAUUGUGUCAGAAGAGCUUCAUUGGCAAACCUUCAUGCAGUAUGAAAGAACUCUUAUGUUUUCUCAGUGAUAUAAAGGUUGCAAGGGCAUGCCCAUUCAUAAAUGCUGUUUGUCUUCCUGUACAGUUCAGUCAGCUCUUGCCCUGACAUUCCUAAUGUCAGUUUCUUUUCUAUGAGUCAUUGAGUCUCAUGAGGAAGCUUAGUUUUUUUCCUUGACUACUUUUUUCCUUGACUACCAAGAAAAACAGCUCACUGGUAGAGUUGCUCUUUUUCUCAGGUUUGGCUUGCUUUAUUUUCGCAUUGUUCCUAUUGAGAGUUUAAGCUUUUAAUUGUAAAACAAAUGUGUAACGUGAUGCAUGAGGCUGCGCUGUGCGCCAUAAAAUUGCAUCCGAUGUGGCAGGAGCCGCUCGCCGUUCCCGGUGGAGACCGACAAUCGCCCAUUGACAUUGUAAUGCGCAAAAGCGUCUUUGACCCACAACUCAAACCCCUAAAAGUGCAAUAUGACCCGAGGACCUGCCAGCAGAUAUGGAACAAUGGCUACUCUUUUCUCGUCGAAUACGACGACACAGCCGACAAAUCCACUCUAAAGGGAGGACCGCUGGAGGAUCAGUUCAGACUGUGUCAGUUUCAUUUUCAUUGGGGGGAGAACAACGCCUGGGGCUCAGAGCACUCGAUAGAUCGCCGCCUUUACCCUGCUGAGCUCCAUAUUGUUCACUGGAACUCUGAAAAGUACAGUUUAUUUGAAGAAGCUGUAAUGGAGGACAAUGGAUUGGCUGUUAUUGGAGUUUUUCUGAAGGUUGGAAAGAGGCACGAAGGUCUGCAGAAAUUGGUGGAUGCCUUGCCUGCUGUCCGACACAAGGACAGUGUGGUAGAGUUCACCAAGUUUGACCCUGCAUGUCUUCUCCCGGAGAACAUUGAUGACUAUUGGACAUACGCAGGCUCUCUGACUACUCCUCCUCUUACUGAGGCAGUGACAUGGAUCGUAAUGAAACAGCACAUUGAAGUCAGUCACGAUCAGUUGGCAGUGUUUCGAAGCUUGCUGUUCACAUCGGCAGAGGAGCAGGCGCAGAGAAGUAUGGUCAACAACUUCCGCGUCCAGCAGGCUUUAAAGGGACGGACAGUCCGUUCCUCCUUUACCCCCUUCCUACAAGACUCUCCACAAAUCGAGCAGUAAUCGACAAUCCUCUGAUUUAAACCAUAUCGUGACCAUUAAAGGAAGCACAGACUCUGCAGUCACCGUUUCCAAGAGAUUGCUGAUAACAAUACGGUCUUGAACUGGAUUUUCAAAUGGUCAGAGUGCACAAUUCAUUAAGCAGCCAGACGUUUAUUUGUAGAUUGGAGAGAUUUGGUUGAAAGGGAUAAGCAAAGAUAUAUGUAGUGUAGUUACUAAAAGGACUUGUUAAUGCUCUAAUUCCAUGAAUUCCUAAGUAUCUAAAGUGUUAUUUGUUAGUUCAUGGAAUACUUUUUCAUGUUGGUGUAUUUGGUGCAUUUUGGUAUAUACCGUAUACAGUGCUAGAAUUCAGUACUCAAGGAGUAGUCAUUUAAAAAUGUAACACACAAUUUCCUCCCUCAAUGCAUUGACAAGAGGUGUCCACGUUUGAAACAAACAGUCCCCUCUUGUGGAUGACUGAGAAAAUACACAUGCCUUGUUUUGGGGUACCAGCCCUGACACAUGUCUGUUUACUUUUUAUAUAUAUAAAAAAAUUAAUACAAUUGUUUAGUGGCACACUUACCUUGUUUACUGCCUGAGGGAAUUUCUUUUACGCAUGAAACUGCACAAUGCCUUAUGACUGUUUUUAUAUGUUAAAUGACCUUUAACUGAGUAUAUUUUCAGAUGAGCCAGUCUAUAUCUAGAGACUAGAGAAAUAAAAUUAAGAUUUAUUAGAAUACAUUUGAAUAUUGCAGUAUAAUUAAGACAAGAAAUAUAGCCUUCAUGAAAGGUGCACUGGAAAUGUAAAAAUCUGAGGUGAAGAGGAGUUGAUUAAUGCACGUGAUCGUUUAAUGAUAAAGCAUUAUUGUAUUUGGUAUGUACCUCAGAUUUGUACAGAAUAGGUCAUCGUCAUCCAUAGUGCCUUUACCCUUGUACAUGAUCACUGAUUAAGUCUCCAUUACUCUCAAGUAAUCCAAAAUCUGAUCAAUUACACUAGUUGUUGGCCACAUUUGCCUUUGGGCAAAAUAUACAGAAUAUGCCCUCAAUAGCCUGCAAAUUGAAGUUGUUGUACAGCUAUAUUGUUAUUGGUUUAGCUGUUUUUUUUUUUUUUUAAAGUGUUUUAAGUAUUACUGAUUUUGUAGCAGAGAUUUAUUUGGCAGCACCAGGAUGUGUCUUUCCACUCUAAUUUAGAGAGCGACCUCCAUUUUUGUGCAUGUGUUGUCCAUUUCUCCAUUUUCUCCACUAGAGGCAUCGGAGGUACAUGAGACCAGGCACAAUGUAGCUAAACUAAAGUAAGACCAACUGACUGUUAUAAUUGUAGAUAAUUAUAAUAAUCUUGGUGCUUUCAUUGCAUUCCGUUUUCCUUUUCUGAAACAUGCUGGAAAGGGCAUUAAGAAUGAAAAAUUAGACACUAAUAUUGUUUAAAACCUCAAGGACUUCUUGUGUUGAUUCAAUUAUUAUUUGAGUGCAAGUGAGUUGUGGGAUUUAUAUUUUGGGCAGUUGGAAAUUAGUAGAUUUUAUUUUUUUUCUUUCUUUGCAAAGAGACGCUUUUUUCUUUGUGAUGGCUGAAUAACAAUGUUCUUCUACAAACUGUCCCUAAAGUGGCCUCCUAUCUGAAUGGGCUACCUGGAUCUCCCUGUUGGGUUGAUGGUUGAAAUUUAUGAACUAGAUUGGAAAGCUGGAUUUGCAAUGUCCAAACACUGGGUUGCAGGGAGGCUGGGAUCCUUUCCCUCCACCUGCCCAAGUCUUCAGCUCUCUUCUCCUAGUAAAAAAAAGUAGUGAACAUUCUUUCACAUGAGGAGGCCCUGGAACAAUGUUCAAACAGAGUUGAAUAGCAUGUGAAGACACCUUUUGUUGUUUGGAUUUGAAUUAUGUACACUGUAACCUCUCAUUCAUGCUGUCUGAAAUGGUGUGUAUUAACAUAUAUAUGAAAUAAAACAAUAUUAAGUCAA